AUGUGGCUCUAUCGGGGCGCGCAGUCCGCGGUCUUCUACUAUGCGACUUGUACUCCGUGUGCAAUGAGCAUCGACCGCCGGAAGCGCAAGAAGGAAGCCGUACGAACCAAGCGUCUGAAUGAGAAAGCCGCCCGCGACCUCGUAACCGAUCAACCCCGACCGUUCCCGCAGCCGACCCCGUUCAGCACCAAUGAAGGCUGGAAAGAAGAAAUAUCGCUGGGACCAGGGCCUCCAACUCGUCGAGGUGGCCACCGCAACAAUCAGAGGACGAACAGUUGGAAUACGGACCAAAGCUCUCAAAUGAAGAAGGAUAAGAGUGGCGGCCUAAUGCAACCGCUCAACGACCGGUGGAAAUCGAUGCGAUAUCAGCGCGAAGACGAACCCCUUUGGGGUCAGGAAGUACGCGGCUCGUCAAUUGGCUUCUCUGGUCGUGGUCGUGCGGAUCAUCAGGAGCCGCCAAAAUACUAUGCGGCAUGUGUACCCCCUGUCAAUGAUCUACAUCCGCCCAUUGUGAGUGGGCCCAGCAGCCGCGCCGACACUAGAUGGAUGCUUCAACCGCCACCCAGCGCCAAGGUCAUGGCCGGAAAAGAGCGAUUCAAUCUGUUGUCCCCCCGUGACAGUACGGCUGCUUUCAACCACUGGCCAUCCUCCACAACCAAGGGCGGCACCAUCCGGGAAGACGAAACCGAGCGCAUCAGCAAUGAGACGGUCGAUACCACCGUGAUUCAGCAGCAAUUGCCUCGUCGACCAUCAGUAUCUCGUGUCCGUGCAAGCUUCGAAAGUGCUAGUCGCGACGACUUUGACCUACCCCGGGCUUCCCGCUCGGACUCGAUGUUCUCCGUAGCCAAUACCGACGACCAGUCCUUUAGUACUUCGUGGAAGUAUCCUGACACGCCCACGACACGCCCGGCCUCCAAGUCCACCGAAGGCAGCGAGAAGGGACACGUCCGCCCGCCGAUCUCGAAAACGCUUUCCACCGUGCACCGCGGCGACAAGCACAAGGUCCACCUUCUUCAGUUGGAGAUCAACGACGAGCCCAGCGAUGAAGUCAGUCUCGGCCAGCUGGAAAGCAUCCGCCCGUGGCGCUGGAGCAUGGACAUCUAA